CCGUCGUUAGCGACUCGUAGCGGCUCAUAACGGCUCAUAUGGCUUUUCAGAAGCCGAACAUCGGGACAUUGUUGUAUAGUCGUCGUCACUGAGACAUUGAAGCUCCAUCUCCGCAGACGUUGCCGAACAAGUUUGAAGGAUAUAAAAGCCCCUGGAUAAUUCGUAGUUGUGCGAGACGAAGGUUUCUUCGUCAUCACUCUCUUUGCAUACAAUGAAUGUUUUCCGUCGCAGUAUGGCGUCAGUGGCUUCUUUGAAACAGGCCGGCAAGGUCGUCUGCAUCGGUCGCAAUUAUGCGGACCAUAUCGCCGAGUUAAACAGUGCCAGGCCGAAGCAGCCUUUCUUCUUCCUGAAGCCUACAUCGUCGCUUCUGUUGCCCGGGGCUGGCCCCGUUAUUCGACCUAAGGGCGUAGACCUUCACUAUGAAGUGGAAUUGGCUCUCAUCCUGGGUAAGCAAGUGAAAGACCUUGCAGCGGACGAUGAGAAGGGAGCCUUAGACGCCAUUGAACACUAUGCUCUUAGCAUUGACAUGACCGCGAGAAACAUUCAAAAUGAGGCCAAGAAAAAGGGGCUGCCUUGGUCAAUCGCCAAGGGAUUCGAUACCUUCUUGCCAAUGAGCAAUCUCAUUGAGAAAUCGGCAAUUCCUAACCCUCAUGCCAUAGAUAUCUAUCUCACCGUCAACAACAAGGUCCAGCAGGCAGAUUCCACCGAACUCAUGCUUUUCCAGAUCCCAAGGGUACUGAGCGACAUCUCUAAGGUUAUGACCCUUGAGAAGGGAGACAUUAUUCUCACCGGAACACCGAAAGGUGUUGGGCCGGUCGUGCCAGGCGAUGUCAUGCGAGCCGGCAUUAAGGUCAACGGUAAAGAAAUCGAGGAGAGCAAGAUUGAGGUCGCAGUUGAGGAAUCAACGAGCUCAUACGAGUAUUCGGAGACAUAAAUUUACUUACUAAGCUGGUCUUGUCAUGAUCUAGUGAAUGGCUUACAAUUCCAUCCCUUACAUAGUCCUUCUACAUUGAUCUAACCUAUAUAUAAAGUCAAAUAUUUCCCAACAAGCUAGAUCAGCCUUCGACCUAGUAUUGCAGC